AUGGCCGUGAAGGUUUAUUCCGCGUGGAGUAGUGAUCUAUAUCAAAGUUGGGAUCCGGAGUACGGAGUAGAUUGGGACGAUAUAAUCGUCGAGCCCACCAGAAACAGAGCGAUCAACCAACAGCUACGGCAACCCAGAGGGCGCAGGGCCCGCGGUAACGAUAAAAACGCCACACGCAAGAUCGCAUUCCAGCAGGCCAAUCAAGUUUUGAGAAGGCCCACGUUGUUACCGAUCCAAUCCUUAAAUGGUUUAGUGUAUUUCCGUCGUAACGAGUUAAACUGCGCAGUACGCCACUACAACUUGGUGGUUGUGGUGGAAGUAAGACCACCUUUGAAUCUCGAGGAAUGUCUGUACCAAAUGGAUGUCGUAACGGUAACUCCUUAG